CACUUCUCAACUUCAAGCAGGAAUCUAAACAAUCUUUCAUAAUUUAACCAUCAGAAAUGCGGCUCAUACUGCUUUGUUAUUUUAUAUUCGUAUCCUUAGUCAAUGUUUAUGGAUUGAAGUUGACCAUGGACAGGGAAAUGUACUUGGAGGCUAACAAAAUUUACUGCGGUCAACUAGUGUGUGUACAGGAUACUGACAGCCACGUGACGUCUAUUGCUAACAUGUCUAUUUAUAGCAUCCGUGAGCGAAGUGGAAAGGUCAUCAUUGCUCAUCUUUCAGAGCAAGGUUUACAAAAGGACAAGGACAGUCCGUACAAGGCAGCUGGACAGAUGACCCAAACCACAGCUAAACUUACUGUGUCGGUGGAGGGGACGUCUGGGUGUGGUCUCGGCGCCUUCCUCUGUCAGUUGUAUUUUGUUGACCCCCACGGGCGUGCAGACGUGAGAGAAGUUUUUGUUUUCCCGCCACCGACAGCAGACGAGUCUAGUCCGGACCUGAAGUUUUCCUUACAACUGGAAGUCCCGUGGUCAAACAAGCCCGUUGCUUUCAGAAAUAAAGGGAAAAGUUUGGAGACAAGUUGCGAUAAAAUGUCCAAGGAUACUUCGGAGAUGAUUUCAGAGUUAGGCGAAAAAGUAGACAUCCUGCGUAAAGAUCUAAGUACCACCAAAAGCCAUGAGAUUCACAUUGAGGCACUUAAAAAUAUCGAAGGAAAUUUAACGAAACAAAUGGAGAAUAAAUUUAGAACGAUUGAAGAAAUAUUUGAAGCCAAAUUUAAAACCAUGCAAGAUAAGUUCGAUGAGAUCAUUACAAAUUUAACAAACAGAUUACCUCAGUUUGGUGAAGAAACUCACGGUGAACAUAAAAAAACGGUGACACCAUCAAAAUUCAAGAAGCAAUACAAACAAACAUAA